AUGGAACCAGGGUAUGUUUCAUUUGUGACUGCUUUAAAAAACCAAGGCAAAAUCAAAAACAGACAGUUUGCCUUAUAUUUGAGUGAUAAUGAAAACGAUGAUAUUUCUUCUAGUCUGAUAAUAGACGGCUAUGACUUAAAGAAAUACUCGAAGGAAAGCAAGUUUACUUAUAUCCCAACAGCUACAAACAUUCUGGGCUUUUGGACACUUUUGUGUAAUAAAGUUACAUUUUACGACGCUCAAAUUGAUUUUAGUGUUCCAGCUGUGAUUGAUUCAGGCACUAGCUUUAUAUCAGCUCCACAAGAAGGAUUUAAUGAGAUAGCUUUGAUAUUGAUAAAAUUGUUUGGAUGCUCAAAUAAUCAAGGGGGAAGCUUAACAUGCUCUUGCAAGCCGCCAAAAGGGAAAAAAUAUCCUGAUCUGAUUUUUGAGUUAAAUGGAAAAACGUUUGAAUUAAACUCAGAUGCCUAUAUGGGCGCUAUUGGUGAAGGAAGAUGCCUGGUUGCGAUUGAUGCUAACGGUGAAGAUGCUUACUGGAUAUUAGGUGAUGUUUUUAUGAGAAAAUACUACACUAAUUUUGAUAUGGACAAUAAUAGAAUUGGCUUUGCAAAAGCAAGGACCAGCUCAGCGUGGGUUUCUUACUUAUGGAAGCUCAUGCUAACUAUUUCUUUAAUUUUAUAG